UCGUCCUGGCGCGGUGGAACGUCCUGACAGUUGACUUCUACCGGAGAAUGGCGGCUCCCGCCUGCACUACGUUCACUAACACUACCAACCCGCAUAAACAACACCGGAGGAAAAGUAGAGAUUCUCGGAGGAGACAGGCAGCUCUUUUAUUCCUUAGUAACAUUUCUCUAGACGGACAGCCGGUUCAACCGUUAGACCAUGGAAACCGAGACCCCCAUCAUCGACACGGCGAGUUCCCGGGAGAUGAUAUCGGAACGACAGUGGCCGGGAUGUCAACGGCAUCUAGUAGUGGCUAUGGGAACUUCGGUAACCUACCGACGUCUGUGAGCUGUGGGGCAGUUGGGAACGUUAGCCCCGUACCGAGACUCGGGGUGAUCACUGUCCCGCCCAUCCUCGUUCUGCCUUCGGACUCGUUCAAUGAUGGGACCACGGAGUUAUUUCUGGAGAGGCGAGGAGGGUCGUUUUCAUCGCAGGGAAACCUCCUCUCUCCGUCGGGUCUCCAUCCUACUCCCCUCCGACCGCGGAAAUCGUCCACAGUGCUUUCGGUCCAGAGUUCUUGUUCGGCGAUUUCUGAAUCUGGACGGUGUCGGACUCGUAACCUGUCGGGCUCUCCCAGACCUCGCCCUGCGAAGAAGGUCCACUUCAUCAAGAACAUGAGACAGUACGACACGCGGGGCAGCAGGAUCGUGUUGAUCUGUGCCAAGCGUUCUCUGUUUGCGGUGUUCUCGGUGUUGCCGUAUGGAGACAGCGUUCACAUCAGUGACCCCAAAUUGGACAGACGUAGACAUUCAUCCGGGAACAUCUCUACCACUCUGGAGAUGCUGCCAGGCCUGGAGGGGUUUGAACUGGAACCCUACGGCAAGACGGUAUCGUACGCCCAGUUCCUCCACCCGACCAAUGCUCUGGUCCGCCAGAAGACUGCCUCGGUGGACAUCACCCUGCAGGUGCCCCUCACCCUGCAGGUGCCCCUCACCCAAGUGACCCGGAACAGCAUCCCCGAAACUAGACUAGAAUGGAUGUUGGUGACCGGGGACAGAUACCAGCCACGGUUAUUCUGUGUUGCCAAGGUGACCGGGGACAGAUCCCAGCCACAGUUAUUCUGUGUUGCCAAGGUGACCGGGGACAGAUCCCAGCCACAGUUAUUCUGUGUUGCCAAGGUGACCGGGGACAGAUCCCAGCCACAGUUAUUCUGUGUUGCCAAGGUGACCGGGGACAGAUCCCAGCCACAGUUAUUCUGUGUUGCCAAGGUGACCGGGGACAGAUCCCAGCCACAGUUAUUCUGUGUUGCCAAGGUGACCGGGGACAGAUCCCAGCCACAGUUAUUCUGUGUUGCCAAGGUAACCGGGGACAGAUCCCAGCCACAGUUAUUCUGUGUUGCCAAGGUGACCGGGGACAGAUCCCAGCCACAGUUAUUCUGUGUUGCCAAGGUGACCGGGGACAGAUCCCAGCCACAGUUAUUCUGUGUUGCCAAGGUGACCGGGGACAGAUACCAGCCACAGAUAUUCUGUGUUGCCAAGGUGACCGGGGACAGAUACCAGCCACGGUUAUUCUGUGUUGCCAAGGUGACCGGGGACAGAUCCCAGCCACAGUUAUUCUGUGUUGCCAAGGUGACCGGGGACAGAUCCCAGCCACAGUUAUUCUGUGUUGCCAAGGUGACCGGGGACAGAUCCCAGCCACAGUUAUUCUGUGUUGCCAAGGUGACCGGGGACAGAUCCCAGCCACAGUUAUUCUGUGUUGCCAAGGUGACCGGGGACAGAUCCCAGCCACAGUUAUUCUGUGUUGCCAAGGUGACCGGGGACAGAUCCCAGCCACAGUUAUUCUGUGUUGCCAAGGUGACCGGGGACAGAUCCCAGCCACAGUUAUUCUGUGUUGCCAAGGUGACCGGGGACAGAUCCCAGCCACAGUUAUUCUGUGUUGCCAAGGUGACCGGGGACAGAUACCAGCCACAGAUAUUCUGUGUUGCCAAGGUGACCGGGGACAGAUACCAGAGACAGUUAUGGCUGUCUCUCUGUGUAGAUGACUUUGGAGACUAUGACCCCAACCUUCUGAGUGACCCCCAGUGGCCCUGUGGGAAACACAAGAGAGUGCUGAUCUUCGCCUCAUACAUGACGACAGUGAUAGAGUACGUGAAGCCGUCUGAUCUAAAGAAGGACAUGAACGAGACUUUUAAAGAGAAGUUUCCUCAAGUCAAGCUGACACUCAGCAAGAUCAGGAGUCUGAAAAGGGAGAUACGUACGGUGGGUGAUGACUGCGGACUGCAGCCGGUCACCGUGGCGAUGGCGUUUGUUUACUUUGAGAAGCUGGUCCUCCAGGGACGACUCAACAAACGCAACAGGAAGUUGGUGUCUGCCGCCUGCGUGCUCCUCGCUGCUAAGAUCAGCAGCGACCUCAAGAAGCAGGACGUCACGCAGCUCAUAGAUAAACUGGAGGAGCGUUUCCGUAUCAGUCGGCGAGAGUUGAUCCCGUUUGAGUUCACUAUCCUUGUUGCCCUGGAGAUGGCUCUGUACCUGCCUGAGAGCGCCAUCAUGCCACACUACCGACGCCUGGUGCAGCAGAACUAGGACCACGCCCACUGGGACAGGAGCCCCACCUACUAGGACUAAAGAUUGGACAUCAAUCAAUCAAAUUUAUUUAUAAAGCCCUUCUUACAUCAGCCGAUGUCACAAAGUGCUGUACAGAAACCCAGUCUAAAACCCCAAACAGCAAGCAAUGCAGAUGU